AUGACUGCAAUUCGCGAUGACAACGCCAAAGAUGGCACGCGUUUUGCUGCUAUCAAUACACCAGCUAGUACUUUUGCCACUGCCAAAUAUCGAUCUGCUUGCCCGGCGCUGCAGCUAGAAGACCAUACUGCGACUGCGACUGCGACUCCCACUACUUCUACUUCUACUUCUACUCCUUUCACUGCUUCUGCUAGACCUGCUGCCACUUUUUCAACUGCCACUUUUCCGGCUGCAACCGGUGCAACCCAUGCUCAAGCUGGCUAUGGGUACUGCCCUGGGCCUAAGCUUCACCCGAGCUGCUACUCCAGUGGACCAUACGUGAUCCCAGCUACCUCCUCCUGCCAAAAGGCUCCAGGAUUUCCUGGCCGGUGUGUCUGCUACUCUGAAGAUGUGCCUGACCCUGUUACACCUGAGCCUUAUCACCGCGAGGUUUUUGAACUAAAGAAGUCGAUGGGUGUUUCUGCUGGUAUCAUCGGCCCUAUCUCCCCUCUUCCAUUUGUGUAUGGCUCCAGAAAGCUGAUGUAUCAGGUCCCAUAUCUUGUCGAGGAAGACUGCAAGUUCUGGUUCCACGCGCCCAAUGGUGAUUAUAUGCACCUCACUGUCAAGCAAAUUGCUGAAAAGCAGUGUGCCGGCCACUGGGCGAACACUUGUACUGGCCAGCCUUACUACCAGUGUGAGCCUAAGGACAGGAUCAGAUAUGACGCUCAGGACUUUAAUGCAGUCUUCCAGAAAAGUGGGCUCAGUCACAUUGAGUUCCACAAGCGCUACCAGCCUUUCUGA